CUGGACAUGAAACAACUAGUAAUGCAUUAUCUUGGGCACUAUACUUUCUUGCAAAAUAUCCAGAUGUUCAGAAUCAUCUUCGAAAAGAAUUACUGGACGUAUUUAUUGAUCGAAAUCAUUUUCCAACAUUUGAUGAAAUUGAACCUUUAAAAGAUGAAACUAUGAAUGGAUACUUUAUUCCAAAGAAUACUCCAUUGGUAAUUUCAGUUUAUUCAAUCCAUCAUGAUCCCUUAAUUUGGGGUGGUGAUGCAGAACAUUUUAAUCCAUCUCGGUGGCUUGAUCCAGAAAUAAAAGCAAAAAUAUCAAAUAAUACUUUCUUCCCUUUUGGCGCUGGCCCAGCAAGUUGCUUAGGAAUGAAAAUGGCUCAAUUGGAACUUAAAUUCAUUUUAUCCAUAAUUAUUAGAAAUUUUGAGUUUAGAUUAGUUGAAGGUUUUACUUUUCAAAAGAAAACUAUUGUUGUAACUAGACCUGAACCUGGAAUUGAUUUAUGGGUUUCAAAUGUGAAUUAUUAA